AUGAAAUCAGCAACCGGCAUUCUUUGCUUCAUCUGCUUAUUAACACUGCUCAUUCUCAAAGCAGACUACACUCUCCAACAAUUCACAUGUUUCGGCUUGGACCCAACUGACCUUAGCGUCUGUGGAGGAAACGGUUUUUGCACAGCUCAAGACACAUGUGAUUGUCAAGAUCUUUCAUAUGGUGGCUAUAUUCACUCUAACAUCAAUGGUACUCUCAAUAGAUUAGUCAAAAUUGCAAAUGCUCCAAGAAAUGAACAUCUCGUCCUCCAAUUAGACGCCAAUCUCAUCUUGUUUAGUGAUACAGCAGGUUUACCUGAUUGGGCAUCCGGUACCUAUUCUCCAUUGAAUUCAGAUCGUUACAUGAGGAUUGAUAAUAGCACUGGUGCUUUCACACUUCACAAACUUGAUGGAACUGUCUAUGCUACAGUCUCUUCUGGAUGUAAUGGUGGAAUUGGUCCAUUCAGAUUGGUUGUGAGAUCAGAUAGAAAUUUGGCAAUAUACGAUUCUAUUGGAAAGAUCUGCUGGAUUAUUGACAAGUAUCCACACAUUGGUUCAGUCAUGUAUCAUGGAGCCAAAUGUGAUGUUCCAAUUUGCUUUGAUAAGAAUGCAACUGAGGUAUGCUCUGGAAGAGGUUAUUGUAAUGUUCCACAUAAUUGUACUUGUAUGGAAGGUGCCUUUGGUUAUGAUUGUAGAAAUUUCACAUGCUUUGGACUUGCUAUCAAUGAUACCUCUGUUUGUUCUGGACAUGGUCAAUGCAAUAAUUUGAAUAAUUGCACAUGUAAUGAUGGUUAUUUUGGAUCAAAGUGUCAAGAAUUCAACUGUAAUGGAAUUCAUUAUAAGGAAUCAAGUGUUUGCAGUGGUAAAGGAGUUUGUUCUAGUCCUAAUGUUUGUAAUUGCACACAAGGUUAUAGUGGAGCAUAUUGUCAAGAAUAUUAUUGUGAUGGAACUCUUUACAAUGACCAAAAUGUUUGUUCUGGACAUGGCAAAUGUAAUGCUCCAGAUAGUUGCUCAUGUUCUGCUGGUUAUUCUGGUGCCACAUGUCUAGAUUAUACAUGUUAUGGAAUUCAUUAUGCAGAUCAAACAGUUUGUUCAGGAAGAGGUAAAUGUAUUGGUCCAGAUGGUUGCACCUGUCCAACUGAUUUCUCUGGAACAUCAUGUCAAGAUUAUUACUGUAAUGGAAUUCAUUACAAGGAAUCAAAUGUUUGUAAUGGACGAGGUGUCUGCUCAGCACCAACUAUUUGCAAUUGCACACAAGGAUACACUGGUACAUAUUGUCAAGAUUUCAACUGUAAUGGAACUUAUUACAGUGAUGCAAAGGUUUGCUCUGGAAAUGGUAAAUGUAAUGCUCCAGACAGUUGCUCAUGUUCUGCUGGUUUCUCUGGAGCUACAUGUCAAGAUUUCUAUUGUAAUGGAAUUCUUUCCAAUGAUGAAAAAGUUUGUUCAGGAAAUGGAAAAUGUGCAUCUCCAAAUAAUUGUGUUUGCUCUCCUCAAUUUAGAGGUGUCAGUUGUGAAACUAAAGUACCUUCUACUGUUGCUUCCUUGAGUGGAAAUGUUAUUGGAAAGGUCAAUAGCUCAAUUUCCAUUAAGAAGGUUAGCACUCUUCAAAUGAUAUUCAUCUUGGCAUGUGUAAUGAUUUGUGCCAUCUUGUUUUAA